AUGCCCAAGGAAACCACCAAGGCGACCAAGAAGCGCACCUCAGCGAAGGCUGAGAAGGCGCCGAGAGGCGCAAAGAAGGCUGCUAAGGGUGCCAAAGGCCCCAAGCGCGCCCUGUCCGCAUACAUGUUCUUCUCUCAGGACUGGCGCGACAGGAUCAAGGCUGAGAACCCCGACGCCGGGUUUGGCGAAAUCGGCAAGCUCCUCGGUGCGAAGUGGAAGGAGCUCGACGACGAGGAGAAGAAGCCUUACCUCGACCAGGCUGCCAAAGACAAGGCGCGCGCCGAGGCAGAGAAGAACGACUUCGAUGACAAGAAGGGUGGCAGCGGCUCCGGGGACGGGGACGACGACGACGACUAA